GGUACACAGCAAUGCGGACGAAAAAGGGCAAAAACGAGAGGAAUAGUCCGGUUUUCUCUAAUAACCCGGCGGGUCGGGGCUUCGCUAGGUCGUAAGGCAUAAUUUAGCAGGGAUUUCGUUUCCAAAACCAAACAGAAAAGGACAUUAACUGGCUUGGAAGCAGCUCCGGGACGGAUAUUUUCCCGACAAAACCCACAUCCGUAAUCCAAGCCCUGGUUGGGUGGAAUAGUCUACUAAAAGAAUGAUUGCUUGAAUAUUUUUAUACUGUCUUGUAGCAUUUUUUUUUUGCCAGCACCGCUUCCCAAUUUUCACAGACUCGCCAUGGUGGACUCCCCUACCAUGAGGAAGACUUUUGUGGUCCCAGACAUAAAGCCAUUGGAUUUGUAUGACUGUACUAAAGCAAAAAUAUGCGCAAGUGUCGGAUGGCUAUUGGCAAAGUCCUACGGCAGUGCAGAGAAUGUCCCUGCAGAGCUGCGCGACCCCUUCUACUGUGACCAGUAUGAGCAGGAGCACCUUAAACCGCCAGUCACGCGCCUUCUGCAGUCCUCCGAACUCUACUGCCGGACCUACAGCCUGUUACUGGGGAGCGCUGGAGCCGAGGCACAGCCCAAAGACAACGUUGCCCUGCUGGAACUCCUCACUCAGAAAGGCAUAGUCUCCAAAGACGAGGACACACCAGUGACUGAUGCAGACCUCCGGCAUAAACCCAUCAAAAUGAGUGCUCACCUGGCAGUGAUAGAUGCCCUGAUGGCUGUGGGAGCCAUGGAGACGGUGACUGCGGUGAAGACAUGUGGUUCUGCUGAGCGGCUGGGUGGAGCUUCCAGCUGGGAGGAUGCUCUGCUUCAUUGGGUUAAUGGGUUAAACCAGAAGCUGAGAGAACUUAAUGAAGGAUCCAAGAAUGACUCGUCUCAGGCUAUUACAGAGCCCCAACCUGUUCAACCCUCUCUCCGCUACAGGAAAGAUAAAAUUCAGUCCAAACAAAAGCCCAUCUUCCCGGUGGUGAAUGAAGUCAAAGACUUGUCCAGUGGUUGUGCUAUUGCUGCUGUCAUACAUUACUAUUGCCCUGGCCUGCUAAGACUUGAAGAUGUGUGUAUGAAGGAUUCCAUGUCUGUAGCAGACAGCCUGUACAACCUGCAGUUCAUCCGUGAAUUUUGUGACAGCUGCCUGAAGUGCUGCUGUCACUUGGCAAUGGAGGACAUGCUAUACACACCACAGGAGCUUCAGCUCAACUUGCUGAGUUUCCUAGCAGAGCUGCUGAACUGGUUUGAAGUACGAAGGCCAGAAUUUGUUCAGCCAAUAGACACCUUGGAUGGAUCCACACCAGUGACACCAAGUAGCUUGAGUUGUAACAGUACCUCCCCUUCUAUCUUCAAGAAGCCUUUCCUCCCCAUCUCCUCCCCUGCGUCAGGAUCUUUGACUCAGUCUACCUCAAUGUCUCAUAUAGAAGGAGUGGGGAAGACAUGGAGCAAGAAACCCCUCAGCCGCCCCUUGUCUGCAGUAUCCUUCAGCAUUCCUUUUGGCCUGGACAGUGAUGUGGAUAUUGUAAUGGGCAACCCUGUGAUAACCCGCUCUAUGAGCUCAGACCAACUCAACCCAGCAGGCCAAAAUAUAACCCGGGUGCCCUACUCCCCUCCUGAAGACCUCAGCCAUUUGCUUAGCAAGCCCCCUGGCCCCAAUGGCCCGCAGAGAGCUUCCUGGGCCACCCAGACCCCCAGUAUUCCAAGGCUGGCAGAGGAGAAUGGCCUUGCAGAGAGUGAAACAGGAGAGCUGCCUACCAUUGAGGAGGCUCUCCAAAUUAUCCACAACGAGAGCAAGAUGGAGCCUCGUUUACACCCUGAUGGUGCUCCUGAUGGCUUCUACCUCCACUCUCCUGAUGACCCUGCUAGUUCUAGACAUAACAGCAAUUUAGCAGCCAUCAGCUGCUCUGCCCCUUCACGCUCAGGAAUGAUGUACCGGCCCACAGGAGAGUCCAGGGAGCCCACUCGCACCAGGAACACCUCUGAAUGUUCACGUGAUGAUGAUUCAGUCUUGAGAGAUGGCAGCGUGGACUCUGAUGCAUCAGAGGACAUGCCUAAGGCCCAGUCCACUCCAACCACACCCGCUGCUGGUGCACAUUCUGCUAGGGGCCAUGGCAGAGGGGAGUCUGACAGCGGUGUGAAGAUGACCAGCUUUGCAGAACGCAAAAAGAAGCAGAUUAUAGAUUCUCCCAAAGCCAGCGACUCCUCUUCUCCUCAGAUGACCACGUGGGCACAAAAGUCUGAAGAAAGCCCGAGCAAGAGCCCACAACUCAAUAAUGAGAUGUCUGAGCUGGGAGCUCGGCUUGAAGAAAAACGCAAAGCAAUCGAAGCCCAGAAGAAACGCAUUGAGGCCAUUUUUGCAAAGCACCGUCAAAGACUGGGGAAGAGUGCCUUUCUGCAGUUAAAGAGGGAGCAGCGUGAUGACGAAGGCGAAGGGGAAGGAGCAAAUGGCCAGGUCAGCUCCUCAUCCACAGAAGAGGACCUCUCUCGCUUGACAUUGGAAGAAAGGCUAGCUCGCAUGGAGGAAGAAGAGCAGCAGGAAGAAGAUGAACAGCACCCCUCAGUGGGGGAUGAGGGUAAUGUCAAAGGGGGACUAAAACUCAACAAGCAGGUCAGUCACUCCAAAGAAAAGGCAGGAACACCAGGAGAGAAGGGCCCUGGGACACCAGGAGAGAAAAUGGUAGCGCCACUCGGGGACUAUAACAAUGCUGUAUCAAAGCUGACUGCAGCUCUCAGCUCCCUGCAAAGUGACAUGCAGCGGCUGACCGAGCAGCAGAACCAGUUAAUCAAGAAGAAAGCUGUAGCUCCCAACAACAAAUCCUGGGUUAUUCCAGCCAGCCCUAAAACCUCCACCCCAGCCCCUACACGCAUGUCUCGAGAAUCCACCCGAGAUUUAAAUUCAGCCUCCUCCUCUCCGUCUCCAUCACGUAGAAUCACAAACCACACCACUCCUCCUAAAUCUCCUCAAGUCCAUCGUAGAGCCCAAUCUGUGCCCCCUAAGAGCCCCAAACACCACCACCAACACAGUCGUCCCUUAGACAUUAAGGUCCCAACCCUAUCAAGGGUUCUCACCCCACCUCAAAAUGUGGACCGUAUCCCCCACCUUCGUCGCGUAAAUCCCUGGCAGUCCCAAGUCCAGACUUCAUCUUCAUUCUCCAUUGGUGACUCUGGGAGCCUGGAUGAGCUGUGCUCAUCUGGACCAACUCCUGUUCCCACACCGACACACACACCUCUACCAACACCAAUACCUACCCCAACUCCCCGUCCUACUGCAGAUGACACUCUGUCGGAGGUAGGCUCCAAUGACGAUCAUAGUAUAUUUAGCAUGGAUCUGGAGGCAGGGUCCUUACAUGGUCUUGCGUCUAAGAAGGAUGGGCUUGCAGGUGGGGGCUGCAGCUCUGGUGCCCCAUCAGAGUGCUCCUUCGAGAGUGAUGCCCCUGCAGGGAUGUUGAAUGGCAAACGCAGUAGCCUGAUUGAGAUCUCGCUGUCUGCUCUGCAAGAUGGGGAAGAGGAUGACCAAGUACCUGAUGCCUUCUCUGACUCAAUGAGUGACCGGACGGAGCCAGAGAUGAAACCAGGGGUUGGUUUCUUUUUCAAGGAUGACAAGGAGAGACCGGAGGAUGAGAUGGCCCAGCGAAAAGCAGCUUUGCUGGAGAAACAGCAGAAGAGAGCAGAAGAGAUAAAAAGACGCAAACUUGAGCAGGAAAAAGAAAAAGAAUCGAACAAGCCUCAGUGGAUGAUCAUUGAGGGCUGGGGGCAUAAGAGUGAGGACAGACCCCAGACCCCAGGCACCCCUCCAGCAUCACGCACCCCACCAGUAGAGGGCACUCCCCAGCGCAGAGGAGACUUCACUAGGCAGGAGUAUGAACGGAGACAGCAGCUGAAGAUCAUGGAAGACUUGGACAAGGUUCUUAGGCAGAAACCGACCACGGUUCGCGGUGUCAAGAAGCAGAGACCUAAGACUGUGUUCAGAGAUGACUCCGUCCUCUCUCAUAGCCCUGUCAAGGGCUUCAUGGGCACCAGGCUGAACAAAGUAUACUCCCACUCAACCAUGAACCUGUCCUCAAUGGCUAAUGACUCUGGAGGCCUGUCUGUUAGGAAGUCUCCUAGCCGUUCGCACUCUCCUUCCCGGCUAAUGUCACCAGGACGAACAAGCUCUCAUAACGGAGAGAAGGACUGGGAGAGUGGUUCCACUAUUUCAUCCCCUGCCUCAAUCCCGGAAUACACAGGACCAAAGCUGUACAAGGAGCCUAGCUUUAAGUCCAACAAGUUCAUCAUCCAUAAUGCUAUCACUCGCUGCUGCCUGGCUGGCAAGGUCAAUGAACCACAGAAAAACAAGAUCGUAGAGGAAAUGGAGAAGAGUGCAGCCAAUCACUUCCUCAUCCUCUUCAGAGAUUCCAGCUGCCAAUUCAGAGCAGUUUACACCAUGAUCCCUGAAACAGAGGAGAUGGUGCGACUCACUGGCAUUGGACCCCGCACCAUCACACCUGAGAUGGUAGAGUCCAUUUACAAGUACAGCUCUGACCGCAAGCAGUUCACGGUCAUCCCGUCCAAAACCAUGUCCAUGAGUGUUGACGCCUUCACCAUCCCUGGUCACUUUUGGCAAAAGCGCCCAGGAACUCCCAAAAAGCUUGGCACCCCCAAAUAAAAGACACACACAAGAAGUUAGCAUUCAGGGAAUCAACUCCCAACUUGACUCUGGUUGUCCUGUAUUUUGGCCAGUGAGGCACUUGCGAUUGUUCAUUACCCAGAUAGACUAGCAGUGGACAGCAUGACUGAGCUAUCAACCUGGACCCCAAGAACAAUCCAGUCAACUCUACAUGCCAAGAGAAAAGGCCAAUCACUCACUAAUUCAGCCAAUGUAGUUAGAAUAGUUUCAAGAGCUUCUGAUUGGCCCUAGAUUGUAAAAAGUAACGCAACUGAUUCUGUUGGGAUGAAAAAAUUUUCUUUCCCUUGCACCCUGCCUCCCCAUGCCUUGCCUUACCCUGCCCCCGGAGUCAUUUUUGCGACUCUUAGGUAAGAAAAAGAGGAGACAACCAUACUGCCUUUGCCCGCACAACAGUAUUCUGGGCCAGAGUAGUUCCUGCCCCUCUCAAUUCUGCUUGCUUUUCCUUUUGCUGCCUUUUCUUCUUCUUCUUCU